UUUUUAUUUUCGUUCACCUAUUUUUUUUUUCUCAAGCUAACAGAAAAGAGGAAAAGAGACUAAAAUCAUUGGAAUCUAGUUAACCAUUUUCGAGAUAUCGUAAUUGUUAUUUCUUUUCGUCGUUUUAAAUUUUGUCGGCUCCAAGUGGAAAAAAACCGCGGCAAUUGAAACCUAAAUUAUUCAAAUCCGUGAACCGAUAUCGAACAUAUAUUAUCAUUUUUAUUUAUUCUCAUAUGCAAUUAUUCUAAUGAGUUGAAAAUGACUGAACUGGUCGGACGAAACAUCUUAUUGGUAUUAAGUGACGCAAAACCCCAUCGAUCGGGGCCAGGAUCGUUAGAAUCCCGACAUAUCGGCGGCCUAAAUAAUUGCACACUUAUAAUAAAAAAUAAAAGAGGUUCAACAAUACGUAGCAACGGAUAAAUAUACGUUCCAUGCAGAAUAUUUCAUCUUUUAAAUAAUUGGUCACGUCUCACACGUAAGUUUGCACAUUUCUAAUUCUUCUCGCAUUCAUUCGAAAUACGCGUUCACUUAGCAGGUGACUUGAAAUCGCUUUACAAGUUUGUAUCAAAAUCUUUAAUACCGAUCGAUUACGUCUACGGUUACGAUUACGUCAGGCGGGUGUAUUUCACUUUGACAAAAACAACUGACUCGUUAUUUCCAUUAAACCCCUGACGGACAUUUAAUACAAACCACAAUUUAAAGCCCGAUAUACAAUGGGCCGUGUACUCGUACGCAUUACACUGUACAAGAUACGUGUUUACAGCGAUGAGCGUAACCAUGACACGUUCAUUCUUUCGAUAUUUAUUGUGUACAGGUUCCAUUGUUAUAAACCACGUUUUCAUCAAUGCUUCACGGAACAUGUUUCUAACAAGAACGCUCUGAUGCUUCUGGACAGUCAUUGUUCCUUGAAAUUUAUAAACUGUGAAUGUACCUAAAAAAUGUUGAAUAAAUUUUUCCAUAACACACAGUCACGUGGCCAGGAGAAAUGGAAUACUGGCGUGACUGGUUCCUGGAGCAGAAUGCGGUCCAGCCAUCGAUGAUAAUAGCCUUUUGGGAUUUUUGGCAUCUUUCCGAAAACUGGACAUCGAAUACGCCGAGGAAGCAACUCGAAUGGCUUAUUCUGGGCAGCAAGAUGAGCCUGGAGAGGGCAAAGCAGAAACUGGACAUGUAUUACACGAUCCGACGCCUGGUGCCGGAGCUAUUCAUGAACAGAGAUCCACGAGAUUCUGGUCUAACCGACUUGCACGAUGUAACGCGGUACGUGAUUCUGCCGAAACUGACCCCUGAGAACUGCAGAACUUGCAUUCUUCAACCCACCGUUAAUGAUGUUAAUAAAUUUGAUCCCUGGCUGCUUCACAAAUACAUGUUCAUGGUCGGCGAUAUCCGGAUGGUUGAAGACCGCAGUGUCGGUGACAUAUUCGUCUACGAUCUUGCGAUGAUAAGUCUGGGUCACGUCAUGAAGCUCACCCCCACCCUUCUCAAAAAGUGUGAAGUAGCAGCUUCGGAAGCCUACGCGACAAGGAUAAGAGGCAUUCACUUCAUCAACGCUCCCCCUUUCGUCGAUCGCAUUGUUACCAUGGUCAAGUCCGUGCUGAAACCUAAGCUCGCUGCUAGGAUGCACGUUCACGCUGUUGGCGAUUUGGAAUCAUUCCAUCGGUUGGUACCUAAAUCAAUACUACCCAAGGAUUACGGCGGAAGCUACUCAACUAUGAAAGAGAUAUCUGAUUUGUUGCGUAAGAAAGUGGACGAUUGGCGGGACUGGUUUUUGGAGCAAGAAAAGGUUUUCGCGGACGAACGACUGCGCCCUGGUCCAGCUUUCGACGAGAACGACCUCUUCGGGUUUUCCGGAUCAUUUAGGAAGUUGGCUGUUGAUUAGUUGAACCAUCGAUCUCGAGAACAUCCGGCGGGAAAAAUACUGAGAUACACGUUGUUAGUGGAAAUUGUGGAUACAUGAAGAAACUGUGCCUCUUCUUUUAAAGUAGUUCAAGAUUACUAGUGGAAUUUUGGGAUGGACUAUGGUCACUUGUUAAAAUUGUAAGCACGCUGCGUCAAGCAAUGCAUUGCAGGGGAUCUGAACGUCGAUCUUGCGUCGGUUCAGAGUCCACGUUAACGUGGCUGUGGCGUGAAAGAGACGUUGUACCGCAGAAAUCGUACUUGAAUAUUCCACUUACAUGUUCAUUCCACUAGUAAGCAUGUAAGUGAUUCUGGCACAGCACAAAAUUCUCUCGAAUUUCCAUGAAAAUAGUCCUCUGCGUUUUCAUGUCCACGUGAAUCUGAUUUUGAAUUGGUUAACUUAAAAGACAUGUCAUUAGCUGACUCGUGAAAUUUCUAAAAUAAUUUUUUGACAAAAAGCGUCGAGAUUCGAAGAAAAUUCAACCUCAUUUUCUUUGUAACCAAAGUAAUACAACGUGACUUAUGCUUAUCGUCUCAAAAUUUAUAUUGUGAUCAAAGAUAAUAUCAACUCUUUACUCCUCAUACUGGAAUAAGAUCCACUGAUUUAUUGUUCAUCUGUCAAACUUGCGAAAAGCACAUGAAGCGCGUCUCAUGGGCAGAGGAACAUACUUCCUCAUUGCUGUUCCCAUUUUGCAGUGGAUGGUUGUGUUGUAUAUUAAUGGCGAAAUCAGUUUUGACGCCCAAACUCGCUGCAAUAAUUUGUACUUAAUAGCCAUAAGUGAUAAGUUAAGCCUGUUAAGAUGUGGGGAUGAUAAAAUUUAGGUCAUGAAACCACGAAGCAAUUUUGGACGAAGGGGUAACUUUAAAACAGACCCGCUUUUUCACGAAUUUGCAUAUAAAUAUACCCUCACUGACUUGUCAUACUUUCUUUUGUGGGUCACUAAUAAAUCGCGAUCAACGCAUAUUAAUUUAUCUUA